AUGAAACAGAACCGGGGCUUUGAAGACCCCAAGGACAAGAACGCCCAGGAAAGUGCAAACCCUGAGGAUGAAGUGGACGAAUUUCUGGGCCGUGCCAUUGACGCCAGGAGCAUCGACAGGCUGCGGUCUGAGCAUGUCCGCAAGUUCCUCUUGACCUUCAGGGAGCCUGACUUAGAGAAGAAGUACUCCAAGCAGGUGGAUGACCGAUUCGGUGCCUACGUGGCAUGUGCCUCGCUUGUCUUCCUCUUCAUCUGCUUUGUCCAGAUCACCAUCGUGCCCCACUCCGUGUUCAUGUUGAGUUUCUACCUGACCUGUUUCCUGCUGCUGACGUUGGUGGUAUUUGUGUCCGUGAUCUAUUCCUGCGUGAAGGUGAGUCUAGCUCGCACCUGAGCCCCCUGUCGCCUUCUUCCUUCCCUUCCCAGCCCACGGAUAGGAGCUCCUCCCAGAGCCCGAUGGGAUCAGGGUGCAUGAUGCUGGGGCACCACUCUUGAUUGGCAUCGGCAGCAAGCUAGACUGCAGGGAGUGCUUUGUCAGUGGAGACUUGGUGGUAUCGGCUACUGUAAUCUGCCUUUGCAAAUCUUUGCAAUGAGAAGAUCGUGUCACUGCCUCUCCUGUCUGUCCCCUUGGUGUCAGGUAGGAUGAAGGAAGGGCAUCUAGCACAAAGCAGUGGUCAAUAAACAUUUGCUGAACGAGUGAGUAUGGAAGAGAUCUCUCCCCACACCCCCUUCA